GCAUUUAAUUCUGAUAGUAAUCUUCGUUGAUCAAACUAAUCUACAAUUCUUUAAAUUUUCCUUACCAAGCUAAAUACUUCAUCUGUCGAAGCAAGAUGUACUGCAUGCAAAUUUAGAAAUCAGUUAGCAUCGACUAGGAAUUUGCGACGUAGUGAAUGUUGUAGUAAAUGCCUAAGCUAAACACAGACUAGGUAAUGUCGAAAAAUCAAUCAUUCGAUUUCAUUUAAGAAAACUGCAAAUGUACUUAUUGCAAUAAUUUUAACAGAUUAGUGGAAUGAUGAAUUGGUGCAUCCCGACCGAUGGCUAUAGAAAUAUAAUAUGUGAAAACUCAUUAGCACGAUAACGCGGGAAAAUAAGGUAAUCACUUAACAGUUUCUAAUGGUCAGUUCUGUUUGUUUGUUUGUUGUUGUUGUUGUUUUUUUGUUUUUGUUUUUGUUUUUGAUUCGGCAACGGCUGCUGUUCCUGAUCGGACAUCCCAGUUAACUGGAGGUGCUAUUGGUGGUAUUGUGGGGGUAGCUGUAGCAGCAAUAUUACUUGUUGUCCUGAUCGUCACGACAAUAAAGAAAGGACAGUGCCAAACGCCUCGUUUUACUCCAAGACAUCUGGAUCGUGAUAGAAAUCAAGAUGUCGUGUAUAAUAACAUGACAAUAAACAUGGAUAUUAAUGGAGAACCCCAUGAUAUGGAUCAUGACCAGGGACCGUAUGAAAACGCUAGUAUCAUCAUCCCAAAAGACCAACAUCACUGUGAGGCGAUGACAGAAAAUCUUCUUCGGGAAAUCAUCAGAAAAGAGGACAGUGAUGAUUUUGAAAAGGACUUCAAGGAGUUCCUGACUGGUGUUCAGAUCCCUUGUAAAGUGGCUAUGAAGGCCAAUAACAAAGAUAGCAACAGAUACAAGAAUAUAAUUCCAUAUGAUCAUUCGAGGGUACAACUGGGCGGAUGUCAAAAUUACAUCAAUGCCAACUUCAUCAAGAACCUGGAUAAUAAAAACGCAUAUGUGGCGACACAAGGUCCGAAAUUGGGUACUCUUGGAGAUUUUUGGACCAUGGUAUGGCAGCUUAAGACUGGAAAGAUCGUGAUGCUGGCAAAUUGUGUGGAAUUAGAAAAGCCUAAAGUUAGCCAGUACUGGCCCGAAGACGCUUCUUCCAUAGAACAUGGUGAUAUGAAGAUAAGUUUCAUAUCGUUAAAGCAAUAUGCGGCGUACACAAUUCGCGAGCUUAGACUUGAGAAGGAAAACGCAGAAGAGAAGAGAGUGAUCAGCCAAUUUCAUUUCACCAAGUGGCCAGACCACGGAACACCUGACGUCAUGCAUUUUGCACUCCUUCUGCGCCAUGUAGAGUGCAUCAAUUCUAAGCUGUCCGGGCCAAUUGUUGUCCACUGCAGUGCUGGUGUUGGACGCACAGGGACAUACAUUGCAGUAGACGCCUUGUUCAAACACGGGAAAGACGUGGGUGUGGUGGACCCUCCAGCAUUUAUCAACAGCAUGAGACAGGAUAGGAUGGACAUGGUUCAGACAAAGGUACAGUACGAGUUUAUAUACCAUGCCUUGGUGGAGCUUUUUCUUACUGAAAAUACAACUGUACCCAUGGGCGAUCUCCUCCAGGAAUACAGGAAGCUCGAUGAUAAACGUCCAACCCUACUCACAGGUCAACUGUCAGAAGGCAUGAUGCCAGAAAACCAGGGGAAAAACAGAGAUUUGAAAAUACUGCCAGGCAACAAGAACCGUCCCUUUUUGUCGUCACAGCCAACCAACAGGACAGAUUAUAUCAACGCCGUGUUCCUUCCGAGCGUUCAGAACUAUGAGGGAUACAUUGCUACACAGUGGCCACUCCCGGACACUGCUGGUGACUUCUGGGCCAUGAUAUACGACUACAAGUCUACAGCUGUAGUCAUUCUGGACAGCGAUGCUGACGUCGAUGAUCCAAGUCUGAUGCCGUCGCAGGAGUCAGAAAUAACAGGGGGAUUAUUUUCUGUACAAACUGCCAGUAGAUCUUGUAGUGAAGGCUCCAUCGUCAUGACAGAGGUCUACCUAUCUAAAGCUGGGAAUGAUACCUCACACAAGCUCAAGAUAUUAAGAAUGUGCGACUGGCCCUACGACAAGCAAACAUGUUCCGAGGGCUACAUCACGCAAAUGGUGUAUGCGGUACAGGGAUGGCAGAAACAAGCCACUUUCGCCGGUCCUGUAACCGUCGUCUGCAGAAAUGGGUCCUCGAAAUGUGGAAUAUUUUGCACGGUGGCCAAUGCCAUAGAAAACAUCAACCUCAACCAGAGGACAAGCCUGAUUCAGGUGGUGAGACAGCUCCAGCUUCGAUGUCCGUCUUUUAUUGGCACUUAUGAGAGUUACGUCGCGUGCAACCAAGAAGUGAUUCUACAUCUCAACUCGUUGUCAGAAAACUAGUGGCACUUCAGCAAACUGAUAUCCGAAAAUGUUCAGUUUCUGAAUUUUUUUUCGAUAUAAUGCAAUUCUAAACCCGAUUUGUCAAUCUUGUUGGUCCGGAUGAAAGCAUUCAAGAAGUUUUUCUAUGGGAAGAAACCCACGUCAUCCGACAGAUGACCACAUACCUUUUCAGGGUGAAAGGCAGGCGUGUUACAACUGUAUUACCAGACUAUCCUUACAUUGAUUUGGAUGUGUCGCCUGCACCCACUUAAUUGAAAUGUCAUUUUGAAAAUUCCAUGGUCACCAUAUGAAAAGCCAUAUGCUUUAUGUUGCCGGUUAGUUGGUAGGUUGGUUAGUUGAUGGAGUUUAACGUCCACACAACGUCUGAGGUCAUUUGUGGAUGAUAUCACGAUUGCAUAAUACUAUUGUGUAUGGACAUAACUCCGGCAAUGGAUGGAAUUUGAUACAAGGAUUGAACUCGAAUUGCAAUCCCUCAUUCAUGAAAAAAGGGAAACAGUCAGGAAACAGUUAAUUAUGCCAACAUUGUAAUCUACUUGAAUAUAGGAGGGCGAGAUGCCAACAUUGUAAUCCACUUUAAUAUGGAGGGUGAGAUGCCAACAUUGUAAUCUACUUGAAUAUAGGAGGGCGAGAUGCCAACAUUGUAAUCCACUUUAAUAUGGAGGGUGAGAUGCCAACAUUGUAAUCUACUUGAAUAUAGGAGGGCGAGAUGCCAACAUUGUAAUCCACUUUAAUAUAGGAGGGCGAGAUGCCAACAUUGUAAUCUACUUGAAUAUAGGGGGGCGAGAUGCCAACAUUGUAAUCCACUUUAAUAUGGAGGGUGAGAUGCCAACAUUGUAAUCCACUUGAAUAUAGGAGGGCGAGAUGCCAACAUUGUAAUCUACUUGAAUAUAGGAGGGCGAGAUGCCAACAUUGUAAUCUACUUUAAUAUAGGAGGGCGAGAUGCCAACAUUGUAAUCUACUUGAAUAUAGGAGGGCGAGAUACCAACAUUGUAAUCCACUUUAAUAUAGGAGGGCGAGAUGCCAUCAUUGUAAUCUACUUGAAUAUAGGAGGGCGAGAUGCCAACAUUGUAAUCUACUUGAAUAUAGGAGGGUGAGAUACCAACAUUGUAAUCCACUUUAAUAUGUAGGGCGAGAUGCCAACAUUGUAAUCCACUUUAAUAUAGGAGGGCGAGAUGCCAACAUUGUAAUCUACUUUAAUAUGGAGGGCGAGAUGCCAACAUUGUAAUCCACUUUAAUAUGGAGGGUGAGAUGCCAACAUUGUAAUCUACUUUAAUAUGGAGGGCGAGAUGCCAACAUUGUUAUCUAUUUUAAUAUGGAGGGCGAGAUGCCAACAUUGUAAUCCACUUUAAUAUGGAGGGUGAGAUGCACUAUCUCCACCAUAUCUCAAACUGGUGAAUUGGGAAUUUCAGAUAAUUUUAAAAGAACUAAAAUCUGUACAUAUAUUCUAUGGUUAAUCCUUCAUAUCACAUAUUGCAAUAAAAAUGAAAAAACAAUAUUGUAAGAAUUAGAAUUCCUUUAUUCCUCUUAUGACUCAGUGUAUACAUACUGAUUUGAUGCGUGAAUGCAUGAUAUUUAGGCUGAUACAUGUUGUACACUUAAAUAAUAAUUUGUAAUCUACAUUAUCUGAUUAGAAGCUACAUCAUGUAAAAUAUUAUUUUAGCUUGGACAAGUCCAGAAAUUCUAGACACCUUUUACACACAUCCAAUGAGCAACACAAUAUAAGACGAUGUAGCGCCCUUAAAAGGCUCCACAUAGCCAUAUUAAUACACACUGGAUAUAGAUAUAUAUAUGGUUAUAUAAAAUAAUAUUGGUCUAUUCACUUCGGGAAAAAACAGUUCAAUGAUCCCAGAACAAACUUUCUCUGUAAUGAACCAAUGUAACAAGUACUUAAUAAACUAAAGAUGUAGUUUAUAACAGACCAGAUGAAAAGUAUCAAUAUAUAUAUAUAUAUAUAUGUUGUUGGGAGUCCCAAUAUACGUAACUUUGGUGCAUUUUCAUCAUCCAGAAAUUUUCUCAUCACAAACAAUGAUUAUUCACCAUACUAUCUUUUUUGUAGCUCUCAUGAAAAUAUUAAUGUAACUCGAGAAUUUUUGUAGGGAAUAUCAUAAGUCAAUUUUUUUGUAUGGAAUAAGUGAAAAAUGCAGGAAAUCACAUCAUAACCUGAUCUCGUUAUAAGUGCCAUCCCGGAUGCCAAUAUUGCAUCAGGUAUGGCACUUAUAACGAGAACCCUGGUAAACGUUACAAAACAAUGUUAGAUUUUGGACAUAAAUUAAUUUUUUAAAACAUCUGUAAGACUUUAACAUGUAUCGUGUUUAAAUUACACCUUUUAAUUACUGAAUUUGAAUAUAGGGAUAUUUCAAAUUACAGACAGACUAUAUGAAAAUCUCGGGGUGUGGGUGAUGGGUCUAUUUGUCUAUAAAUGUAGCAUGACAAGUGGGAAAUUUAGACAAAAUAGAACUGUAUUGACUAUUCUAUAAAUAAUCAAGUUACCUGUGAAAAGGAUUAAUUAUCCACAACAAACCAAAGGAAAUUGAUUAAUUAUCUUACAUAAUGAACGAAAUAUAAGCAAAUUUUUUCCAAUCUUGUAAUGCUCACAAUUCAGCGGACAGUUUACAUUUGAUGACACUUAAGCCUCUGUUUUAUCGAUACCAACAUACAAAAUACUUGGCAUCUUCUUCUGAUGUAAAGUAAACUCAAACUUUGUUAUGUAGAAUUCUGAUAAUGCGAAGAAUCUGCUGAACUUGGAAGUAAAAACUCAGUUCUGACAACACAAAUUCAUAUAAAACAUACCGGUUUUUUUUUCAAAUACUCGGGUUAUCUAAAUUUUUCAUGACCCCACUGAUUUUGAGAUAGCCAGGUUUGGCUAUAAAUAAAUUGUAUGUCUUUGUUAUAUGUUUGUUUUAAUUUCUCUCAAGUUACGAAUAUUGGGGCUAUUAACUUCCUACCUCCAUCAGGUUAUUUUUAUGAAUUACUGUAAUUACAUUGUUUCAUAAACCUUCAAGUGGUGGAUAACUUAUGUCAACAAAAUAUUGAAUUAUAACUAUCAUAAA